AUGUGGAGGCUGCUGCUAAUUCUCUAUGCGGCUGCCGCUGGAGCGCAGGAUUCUGAAGCCAAAGAAGUCAGCUUCAACCUGACCGGCUUGAACGUGUCGGUGCCGCGUCAGACUACAACCCUGUGGUGCCACGUGCAACCGAUGCCCGAAGCAAUAAGGAUGAAACGGCAUCAGCUGGUUCGGCUCGAUCCCAUUAUCACGCCCGGGAACGAGGAGUUUGUGCACCAUUUUAUGAUCUUCUCCUGUUUAUCCGAGGGUGCCGUUCCGUUUUCCGGAGAAUGCCAGGACCACUCGACGCUUCCGGAAUGGGUUCACCGGUGCCGGAAUUCGAUUGCAGCCUGGCCGGCUGGGGCUCCGCCCAUCCUAAUGCCAGACGAAGCGGGACUUCCGCUAGGCGAAAACGGACAUCAGCACCUCAUGAUCGAAAUCCAUUACCACAACCCCAGCCAACUGCCCACCCAGCCCGACAGCUCGGGGAUGCGCGUCACGGCCACGUCGCGGCUACGCCGCUACGACGCUGCGGUUCUUCAAACGGGGACAAUGUGGUCUGAUGCCAUGUCAGUACCUCCCAAACAAGAAGCCUUUCCUCUACACGGCCAUUGCGCCCCGGAAUGCACGAGUUUUUUCCCUCCCGAGGGUAUCCGCGUGUUCGCCAGCAUGCUACACGCCCACAAGACGACACAAGCCAUCUGGACAUCGAUAUUUCGGGAUGGCCAAAAAAUCGGCGAGCUCAACCGGGACGACAAUUUCGGGGCCCAGGGCCAACACCGGGACGCGCUCGAGCCCCCAGUCGUCAGCGAUCGCCUGGUGACCACCUGCGUGCACAACACGAUGAAACGAGUGAAUAUGACGCAUAGCGGUCUGGGCGGGCAUGAGGAGAUGUGCAUCAAUUACAUUCACUACUAUCCACGGAUGGAGGUGGCGGCUUGCCAGAGUCAAGUGACGAAUGCUAGUCUGCAGGCUUUUUUCGAGAGGGAAAACGUCCCGAGAAGCGCGAAAUCCGUGGCUGAACAAUUCGCCAAAAUCGACUGGAAUGGGAGUACGGUAGCCCGACUACAGGAGUACUACGAAACGGCCCCACUGCGAAUUCACUGCCUGGAUGAGCUGGGCAAGGAGUUGAUUGAA